ACCCACUCCCGUCGUGCCUAGCUGCAUCCACCCUAAGGCUCAUCACUGACCUCAGGUCUGCAAGUCCAGAAGUGAGUGGAAUUCUCUCGCCGUGUGCUUUAGCGAAGGCAUCUCUCACCCACCAUUGUUCAUUUGCGCUGUUGGAUGUGGUGGAUCAUUCCCAUGGCUGCAGACUAUUCAACUGUGGGAAAAUGCCACAAUUUAUGCAUCACGCAUUUGCAUGGUUUUCGGUUUGGGACCGUUUCGAAUGUUUCGGGCAUUUCUUGUUUUUAUUUUUCAUUUUUGUCACUGCAUACAUUGGGUGCAGGAGUUCCAAGCUAGGUAUUCAAACCCUACCACAGCAGUGACAACUCCAGAUCCUUAACCGACCAAGCUACUAGGAAACUCCCUGUUUCAAGGAUUUUCUGGACGUGCCUUUUGGUUGACAUAAGCAUUCAUUUCUUUUGGGUAUUUUCUCCGGAGGAGAAUUGCGAGGAGAAUUGUUGGGUCAGAGGUAGGUGUUUGCUCAGCUCAGUGAUUACUGCCAGUUUAAAAGUUGCACCACCUGUGUUUAUUUAUUUAUUUUGCUUUUUAAGGCUGCACCUGCGGCAUAUGGAAGUUACCAGCCUAGGGGUCGAAUUGGAGCUGCAGCUGCUGCCUAUGCGUCAGCCAUAGCAAGAGCAAUGUGGGAUCUGAGCCACAUCUGCGACCUAUACCACAGUUCAUGGAAAUGCUGGAUCCUUAACCCACUGAGAGGGGCCAGGGAUCGAACCCACAUCCUCAUAGAUACUAGUUGGGUUCCUUAUCGCUGAGCCACAACAGGAACUCCAUGUAAGGACUCUUUUCAAUGUAGAAACUAGAGGCUAUAGAUCACAGAUCCUAGAUAGGAUCAGGGCAGGGCGGUGGGAGCAAGUCUGAAGCCAGGGACCCAAAGACGGCCCUCAGCCCUAGGGAACAGCAACAGUGGUGUUAGUGGGUGUAGACCUGUUUGCUGGUCAGAGUGAAUGAGGGAGCCCCAGCCCAGGGCCUGCAGGUAGGAACAAGGUGAGAGGCUUUGGGGAGGGGGUUGGAGCAGGAGGAGACACCGUCACGUGGCGUGGACAGGGAUGCUGGUAGGAAUGGGCCACAAGCCCAGGACCUCAUCCUUAGCUCUCAACCAUAUUCCUUCCCCCGGGGGUGGGUGCUGCCGGGCCCCACCAGGAGGCUCCCGCUCACCUGCGGCCCCGCCCCCGUGGCCCCGCCCCAGCGCCAGCGCAGGCGCGCCCUCGGCCCCGCCCCACCUCUCUGCUUUGGCGCAGUGCGCAGGCGCGGCGUGCAGCCGUAGUCGCCGCAGCAUCCUCCGUGCGGUUGUGUUCUAACCUUGUCCUCCUCGUCCUCGUUCCCCUCGGGCGGCCGGCCUGAUGGCGAAGCCGCUGACAGACGGCGAGAGGCGGAAGCAAAUCAGCGUCCGCGGGCUAGCGGGGCUGGGCGACGUGGCGGAGGUGCGGAAGAGCUUCAACCGGCACCUGCACUUCACGCUCGUUAAGGACCGCAAUGUGGCCACGCGCCGCGACUACUAUCUGGCUCUGGCGCACACGGUGCGCGACCACCUGGUGGGCCGCUGGAUCCGUACGCAGCAGCAUUACUACGAGCGCGACCCCAAGCGCAUCUAUUAUCUCUCCUUGGAGUUCUACAUGGGCCGAACGCUGCAGAACACGAUGGUGAACCUGGGCCUUCAGAAUGCCUGCGACGAGGCCAUCUACCAGUUGGGGUUGGACUUGGAGGAGCUGGAAGAGAUGGAAGAGGAUGCCGGCCUGGGGAACGGAGGCUUGGGGCGGCUUGCAGCCUGCUUCCUUGACUCGAUGGCCACCUUGGGCCUGGCAGCAUACGGCUAUGGAAUCCGCUAUGAGUUUGGGAUUUUUAACCAGAAGAUUGUCAAUGGCUGGCAGGUGGAGGAGGCCGAUGACUGGCUGCGCUACGGCAACCCCUGGGAGAAAGCUCGGCCCGAGUACACGCUGCCGGUGCACUUCUACGGGAGAGUGGAGCAUAGUGCUGAAGGCGUGCGGUGGCUGGACACGCAGGUGGUGCUGGCCAUGCCCUACGACACCCCAGUGCCCGGCUACAAGAACGACACCGUCAACACCAUGAGACUGUGGUCUGCCAAGGCGCCCAAUGACUUCAAGCUUCAUGACUUCAAUGUGGGUGGCUACAUCGAGGCAGUGCUGGACCGGAACCUGGCCGAGAACAUCUCCAGAGUCCUCUACCCCAAUGAUAAUUUCUUUGAGGGAAAGGAGCUGCGGCUGAAGCAGGAGUACUUCGUGGUGGCUGCCACCCUGCAGGACGUCAUCCGGCGCUUCAAGUCGGCCAAGUUUGGCUGCCGCGACCCAGUGAGGACCAGCUUCGAUACGUUCCCAGACAAGGUGGCCAUCCAGCUGAACGACACCCACCCUGCUCUCGCCAUCCCUGAGCUCAUGCGGAUCCUGGUGGACGUGGAGAAGGUGGACUGGGACAAGGCCUGGGACAUCACAAAGAAGACCUGUGCGUAUACCAACCACACCGUGCUGCCCGAGGCCUUGGAGCGGUGGCCCGUGUCCAUGUUUGAGAAGCUGCUGCCGCGGCAUCUGGAGAUCAUCUACGCCAUCAACCAGAGGCACCUGGAUCAUGUGGCCGCCCUCUUCCCCGGGGACGUGGACCGCCUGCGGAGGAUGUCUGUGAUCGAGGAGGGGGACUGCAAGCGCAUCAACAUGGCCCACCUUUGUGUCAUUGGGUCCCACGCUGUCAAUGGUGUGGCGAGGAUCCACUCGGAGAUCGUGAAGCAUUCAGUCUUUAAGGAUUUUUACGAGCUGGAGCCAGAGAAGUUCCAGAAUAAGACUAAUGGCAUCACGCCCCGACGGUGGCUGCUCCUGUGUAACCCGGGGCUGGCCGACACCAUCAUGGAGCGGAUCGGGGAGGGCUUCCUGACAGACCUGAGCCAACUGCGGAAGCUGCUGCCGCUGGUGAAUGAUGAGGCGCUCAUCAGGGACGUGGCCCAGGUCAAGCAGGAAAACAAGGUGAAGUUCUCUGCCUUCCUGGAGAAGGAGUACGGGGUAAAGGUCAAUCCUGCCUCCAUGUUCGAUGUGCAUGUGAAGCGGAUCCAUGAGUACAAGCGGCAGCUACUCAACUGCCUGCACGUGGUCACCCUGUACAACCGAAUAAAGAAGGACCCAGGCCAGGCCUUUGUGCCCAGGACUGUCAUGAUCGGGGGCAAGGCAGCACCCGGCUACCACAUGGCCAAGAUGAUCAUCAAGCUGGUCACGUCCAUCGGUGACAUUGUCAACCAUGACCCAGUUGUGGGUGGCAGGCUCAAAGUGAUCUUCCUGGAGAACUACCGAGUGUCCUUGGCCGAGAAAGUGAUCCCUGCCGCGGACCUGUCACAGCAGAUCUCCACCGCAGGCACCGAGGCCUCGGGCACAGGCAACAUGAAGUUCAUGCUCAAUGGGGCCCUCACCAUCGGCACCAUGGACGGGGCCAACGUGGAGAUGGCCGAGGAGGCUGGGGCUGAGAACCUCUUCAUCUUCGGCCUGCGGGUGGAGGACGUUGAGGCCCUGGACCGAAAAGGGUACAAUGCCAGGGAGUACUAUGAGCGCCUGCCCGAGCUGCGGCAGGCCGUGGACCAGAUCAGCAAUGGUUUCUUCUCCCCCCGGAAACCUGACUGCUUCAAGGACCUCGUGGACAUGCUGCUGAACCACGACAGGUUCAAAGUAUUUGCGGAUUACGAAGCGUACGUGGCGUGCCAGGCCCGUGUGGACCAGCUGUACCAGGACCCCAAGGAGUGGACCAAGAAGGUCAUCAGGAACAUCGCCUGCUCAGGCAAGUUCUCCAGUGACCGGACCAUCACAGAGUACGCCCGGGACAUCUGGGGCGUGGAGCCCUCAGCCCAACAGGCCCAGGCCCCGAGCCUCCCCAGGGACUAGGACCCUGUCCUCAGACUAGGGCUUUUGUUUUCUUGCUGACUCUGCACCUCGCAUCCAAGCACGUAGCCAGCACGCUGCUUUUUUCAGUGUUGUUGGAAGGGCUGUGGGGAGAGGAAUAAUGCUGGAGGUGAGGUAGGAGAGCUGAACCCACAGCACUGACUGGGGCAGCUGGCCUGUAGUUUGCCAGCCUGCCCCUUGGAAGCUCCCUGCAGCCUUGCACGCCCAUGUGUGAGCUUUGUAGUUUUUAGUUUUGAGCCUCUGGGCUCCAAGGAGGCAGCUGGGGCAAAGCCUGGGGAGUGUUUCUGCAGUAUCUGGCUGACCAGUGGCAUGGCUCCUGGGCCUCCUUGGCCCAGCCUUUCCUCCUGGCCAGGCUGGGAGGGUCCAGUGCUCCAGGCUGUGUCUUCAUAGCUGCUGUGUGGCACCUGAGAUAACUGAGGGUGACACUGGGAAGGACACCUGUGUCCAGCAUCUGAGGGCUUUGUUUAGGACAAGGUGGCUGAUGCAAUUAGUUUGAUUCUGCUUUUUCAAAAGAGUUUUUCACAAGGAAAAGAAACUGGCUGAAGCUUUUUCUUGUUUUAGCAAGUAAAAAUAGCACUUUUGAAGUUUAGUUCCUAGGGAGGUGAUGGUGUGGAAUUUUCACCUGGGCGGGGACUGGGAAAGGUCUCUGCCUCUGCCAGAUGAGGCUGGACACCUGGCCCCCACUGCAGACUCAUCCCUCCCUUUUCAGCAGCUUGACAACCUGGUCUGGAAAAGGACUGAACAGGCCCAGAGGGGAGCCUGCUCUCCAUCCUGCCUGGCAGCAGGCUGGUGCCAGGGCAGGAGAGUGGGCAGAAGCCCCUCCCAAAGGCCCUGCCACCUUAGGUGUGGGGUCCCAGCCUCAAGGGGCUCUGGUUGCACCCCCACCCCCACUGCCCGAGUGCCAUCAUCACUGUGCCCGUUACUGCCUCAUAUGAGAAAGCGAGUAAACCUUCCUGCUUGUGCUCCUUGAUCCAGCCUCUUGUGUUUCAGUCCAGCCCAAGGCAGCACAUGGUCCCUGCCAGGCUACACUGCAGCCCAUUGUUCUGGGACCGAGGACAAAAAGUUCUCUCACCCCAGCUGCAUGUGGGACUUAGAGCCACGUGUGCCUGAAGGGCCAGCUCUUCACAGAAUCAUCAAACCCAGCCACUUGGAAAACUCAUCUGGAUGCUGGCCUUUUUGGUGUGAAUUGUUUCUUUGCACCCUUCUGUCACCCACUUCUGGCGCUGGGAGGUGGAACACCCUGGGAACCAAAACAUCCCCCCUAAGUUGUAUGGCUGCAGGUCAAAUAAAAAAAACCUAGAGAGAUUUGAA